AUGUGUCCUUACAGCCUUAUUGCCUUACCACCUAUGGCCUUAUUGAACAAAUACCUAAAUUCAAGUACUGCCCAUCAGCCCUCUAAGUUUCUGAAGUCCUGCAGCAGUGAGGAUGGUGUUUGUAUAGAUCUGAAUCAUGGCACCACAACCCUGGCAUUCAAGUUCCGACAUGGAGUUAUUGUGGCUGUUGACUCCAGAGCAUCAGCUGGCAAAUACAUAGCAUUGAAGGAGGCUAAUAAAGUGAUAGAGAUCAACCCUUACCUGUUGGGCACCAUGUCAGGCAGCGCUGCAGACUGUCAGUACUGGGAGAGACUGCUGGCUAAAGAGUGCAGACUUUAUAAACUACGCAACAAGGAGAGGAUCUUGGUGUCCGCAGCAUCUAAACUCCUGUGCAACAUGAUGUUGGGAUACAGAGGGAUGGGCCUCUCCAUAGGCAGUAUGAUCUGUGGCUGGGACAAACAGGGUCCGGGUCUGUACUAUGUGGAUGACAACGGCACCCGUCUCUCUGGGCACGUCUCCACUGGUUGUGGUAACAGUUAUGCGUAUGGUGUGGUGGACAGUGGAUAUCGUGAGGAUAUGACCGUGGAGGAGGCGUAUGAGUUGGGCAGACGUGGUAUUGCUCAUGCCACACACAGAGAUGCUUAUUCUGGUGGUGUGGUCAACCUUUACCACAUGCAGGAAGACGGCUGGAUCAAAGUGUGUAAAGAAGACGUGUCCGAGUUAAUCCACCGCUAUAAGAAAGGAAUGUUCUAA